GGGGUAUCUGUUUUUGAUUGGCUUGGGACGCCGCUUGCUCCCGUCUAUAUAAAGAUGACUCCCUUGUCGGCAAAGAUGGAGCCGUCUCUAUCCCAGUCUCAUACUACUCGUCCGUCCAAGAGCAAAGAGGGUUCCAUCCCUCAAUAUCACAGAGACUCAUCAGGGUCACGCUCCAGAUCUCACUCCAGGUCUUCAAGUGGCGUUCGACGAGCAUCCUUUGGCUCUGUCAAGGAAGAUAUUGACGGAAUCGCACAGAGCUUUCUAGAUACAACCACCAAGUUGAAGGACGACAGCGGUCAUAUUACGUCUGACAUGGCGGCCGCUGUCGAUCAGAUGCCCGAAUUCUGCUGUCCCUGCGGGGGAUUCAUGGGCUGGAAGCAGAUCCGCUUGCGAGGACGAAAGAUGAGCAAGAGCUAUAGCGAUCUCAGUCUUCUGGGUCACAGGAGCUCCUCGACAGGUUGGAUGUGGGAUACGACGGGCUCACGUCCAACGAUCAAAGAGGUGCCCGCAGAAAUCGAGCCGAGACGCGCACGACUGACUAUCGAAGAUCUCCCUGUUGAAGUACUCAUCCAAAUCAUAUCCUAUCUGGCCGUGGAACUUCCACCAAAUGGCUACACGCCACGAAAUGUCGAUCUUAUUUCUUGCUUGUUGACAUCUCGUACUCUCCACUCGGCAACCCUCAGUGUCCUCUACCGCAACAUCACCAUCCCUCAUUCAGUCAUCUUUUCUAAGCUGCUCAAGCAUCUCAUUCAAUUUCCAGCCUUGGGGACUAUUGUUCGUCGCCUGGACUUCUCGCAUUUUACCUCGGUAGGACUGGGUCGGACGCGACAAAUGAACGCCGAAAUUCAAAACUUGACUUCCAAGACGCUUUUACAAUGCUUGGAUCUACUUCCAAACCUGAUGGAGGGACUCUUCCAGGAGCAUCUGGAGACCGACAUUAACACCGCAGUUGUGCAAAAGAUAUUCGGUGGUCUGCCCAAGCUGCGCACUGUCGAUUUUUGUGGAUGCUCUUCGCAGACCUUUUCAACGGGCUUUAUGGAAGCGUUCUCAGGGGAUUCCACCAUCCCUCUAUACUUGCCGCAGCUGAAAAGACUAUCUUUGCACGAGUGCAGUGGAUUACCCUCUGCCAUCUUUGAGAAACUACUGCCACGAUUGGUCAACGUGACUCAUUUGGAUCUUGGACGGACACAAGUCACUGCGACAGCUCUGUUGUCCCUGCCAACUACUGCUCAAAUCACCCAUUUGAACCUUUCAAAAUGCUUGCGACUUUCCGGCUCACAGGUUGUGAACUUUUUGACAACCCACCCCGCCGUUACCGAGUCGUUGGUCUAUCUCAACUUGAUGAGCGAUCCUUCCCGCUACCGUCUUCUUGAAUCUGACGAUGUCACUGCUCUCCUCCCAAAACUACCAUCGACUCUGCGAUCUUUGAACCUGAACGGCGCACGAAUCACAUCUGAGCACGUUCCACUUCUGCUCCCUCUGGCCAAACAUCUGGAGGAACUGGGACUCAGUGGCGCAGAUUUAUCUCCCAGUGAUCUUAAUUCAUUCUUCGUCCCUCAAGAUUCCGAGUCUGAGAAAAGGUGGCAACCAUCUACUCUCCACUACCUGGACGUUAGCAAAGUGGCCUCCAUUACCUUGCAGACACUUUUCAACCCCAGACUCUGCGUCCUGGUCUCCCCUCAAAGCCUUCCACUGGAAGUCAUCGAACUAGGCGACAAGCUCAUGAUCCCUCUCCGCGACCGCACAAAAUCCGCAAAAUCAAACGGCUGGUCUCUUCGUGAACUUGGUCGUCGAGGCUGGUAUGUGCGGGAACCUAUCAAAACCGAAGGGGCUGGCGAGUGGACGAUAGACGACGGUUCUCGCUCGUGGAAGAUGGGAGCUCGGUGGUGGGGAAUGAGGAAGAUCCCUGUCACUGUUGGUGAAGUGGGAGGUAUCUAUGGUCACUACAUGUUUAAAAAGUGAUUGAUUUUCUGCCUUGUUGACUUGCAUACGGCAUGCUCCGGAGUUGUUGGAUUAUCGAAGCGUUCUGCAAGUUUUUCGAUGCCGAAACGAUUGAAUUAUUUCGACUAUGCAUAGAUUAUUUGCUAGCGGCGCUGUUAUUUCUAUUCCCAAAAUUCUUCACUCUUGCUUCCUGUGAGUUAGCGUUUUGAUAUCAAAAGUGUGUAUGUUGUUGCAUCAUUACUAGCGCCAACGAAAUAUGACCCCAAAUGAUUGCUACAGUU